CCCUCCAGAGCGAUCGCGGCCGCCGCGGGGUGCGCGGGGCCGGCAGCAGGGGCCGGGGGCGGCGGCGGCGGCGGCACCGCGGGGCAGCGCUCAGGCUAAGCCAUGACUUCAGGAUCUGGGCAUGUGGACUCCAAGGCUGAGCUCACUACUUUGCUUGAGCAAUGGGAGAAAGAACAUGGCAGCGGGCAAGACAUGGUCCCUAUUCUCACCAGAAUGUCAGAGCUGAUCGAGAAGGAGACUGAAGAGUACCGCAAGGGGGACCCUGACCCGUUUGAUGACCGACACCCAGGUCGGGCAGACCCUGAGUGCAUGCUUGGCCACUUACUGAGGAUACUCUUCAAGAAUGAUGAUUUCAUGAAUGCGCUAGUGAAUGCUUAUGUGAUGACAAGCAGAGAACCUCCACUAAACACUGCUGCCUGCAGACUUCUGCUGGACAUCAUGCCGGGACUGGAAACAGCUGUUGUCUUCCAGGAAAAGGAAGGCAUAGUUGAGAAUCUCUUUAAAUGGGCACGAGAGGCUGAUCAGCCACUAAGGACCUAUGCAACAGGACUGUUGGGAGGAGCUAUGGAAAACCAGGACAUUGCUGCAAAUUACAGGGAUGAGAACUCCCAGUUGGUGGCUCUGGUGCUCCGUCGGCUACGAGAGUUGCAGGUCACUGAAAUGACCACAAAACAGGAAAACAAGCGCCCCAGUCCUCGGAAAGUGCCCUCAGAUCCUCUGCUGCCCCUCGAUGAAGAGGCUGUGGAUAUGGAUUAUGGGGAGAUGACAGUAGAUGGAGAGCAAGAAGAAGUUUCUGCUGAUAUGGAGAUCUCCUUUCAUCUCGAUUCAAGUCAUAAGACCAGUAGCAGAGUAAACUCUGCUACAAAGCUGGAUGAUGGGGGACUGAGAAGAAGCAAAUCAGGGAAACAGCACGAAAGAGACGGCUUCCGCAAGGCCAAGCAGAAGCUGGGCUUCUCCUCCUCGGAACCAGAGCGGAUGUUUGUGGAACUGUCCAACAGCAGCUGGUCAGAAAUGUCCCCGUGGGUGAUUGGCACUAAUUACACGCUUUACCCCUUGACUCCUGCCAUAGAGCAGAGGCUGAUUCUUCAGUACCUGACUCCCCUGGGGGAGUACCAGGAGCUGCUACCCAUCUUUAUGCAACUGGGAUCAAGGGAGCUGAUGAUGUACUACAUUGAUUUGAAGCGAACCAACGAUGUGCUGCUCACUUUUGAAGCCCUUAAGCAUUUGGCAUCAUUGCUGCUGCACAACAAGUUUGCUACAGAGUUUGUUGCUCAUGGAGGAGUGCAAAAGUUGCUGGAGAUUCCUCGUCCUUCCAUGGCAGCCACAGGAGUGUCCAUGUGCUUGUAUUACUUGUCGUACAAUCAAGAUGCUAUGGAGAGGGUGUGCAUGCACCCCCAUAAUGUGCUUUCAGAUGUGGUGAACUACACCUUGUGGCUGAUGGAGUGCUCCCACGCCUCGGGCUGCUGCCAUGCCACCAUGUUCUUCUCCAUCUGCUUCUCCUUCCGUGCUGUCCUGGAGCUCUUUGAUAGGCACGAUGGGCUGAGGCGUCUGGUGAACCUGAUAAGCACUCUGGAGAUCUUAAACCUGGAAGACCAAGGAGCCCUGCUGAGUGAUGAUGAGAUCUUUGCCAGCCGGCAGACGGGGAAGCACACCUGCAUGGCGCUGCGCCGCUACUUCGAGGCUCACCUUGCCAUCAAACUGGAGCAGGUGAAGCAGUCGCUGCAGCGCACCGAGGGCGGCAUCCUGGUCCACCCACAGCCCCCCUACAAGGCCUGCUCCUAUACUCAUGAGCAGAUUGUGGAGAUGAUGGAGUUCCUGAUUGAGUAUGGUCCAGCACAGCUUUACUGGGAGCCAGCAGAGGUUUUUCUCAAGCUGUCUUGUGUCCAGCUCAUGCUUCAGCUCAUUUCCAUUGCCUGCAACUGGAAGACAUACUAUGCAAGGAAUGACACAGUACGAUAUGCUUUGGAUGUACUGGCCAUCCUGACUGUAGUACCUAAAAUCCAGUUGCAACUGGCAGAACCUGUGGAUGUGUUAGAUGAAGCUGGGUCUACUGUUUCCACUGUGGGUAUUAGUAUCAUCCUUGGAGUUGCUGAGGGUGAGUUUUUCAUCCAUGAUGCUGAGAUUCAAAAAUCAGCCCUUCAGAUCAUCAUCAAUUGCGUAUGUGGCCCAGAUAACCGGAUCUCCAGCAUCGGGAAGUUCAUCUCUGGGACUCCUCGUCGAAAGCUUCCUCAGGCCCCCAAGAGCAGCGAGCACACGUUGGCCAAGAUGUGGAAUGUGGUGCAGUCCAACAAUGGCAUCAAGGUGCUGCUGUCGCUGCUGUCCGUGAAGAUGCCGAUCACUGACGCGGAUCAGAUCCGGGCCCUGGCCUGCAAAGCCCUGGUGGGGCUGUCGCGCAGCAGCACCGUCCGGCAGAUCAUCAGCAAGCUGCCCCUGUUCAGCAGCUGCCAGAUCCAGCAGCUGAUGAAGGAGCCGGUGCUGCAGGACAAGCGCAGCGAGCACGUCAAGUUCUGCAAGUACGCUGCCGAGCUCAUUGAGCGCGUCUCGGGGAAGCCCCUGCUCAUCGGCACCGACGUCUCGCUGGCGCGCCUGCAGAAGGCCGACGUGGUGGCCCAGUCGAGGAUCACUUUUCCUGAGAAGGAGCUGCUGCUGCUGAUUCGGAACCACCUCAUCUCUAAGGGCCUCGGGGAAACGGCGUCUGUCCUUACGAAAGAGGCUGACCUGCCCAUGACUGCAGCAUCUCACUCUUCUGCCUUCACCCCUGUCGCAGCCGCUGCCUCUCCGGUGACUCUGCCUCGCACUCCUCGCAUAGCUAACGGCAUCUCGGCCCGUUUGAGUAGCCACACUGCUGUAGGUUCCACUGCCACCUCUGUCCAUGCUCAGGCAAGACCGUCUGCAUCCCAAGGUCCACCUGCCCUUCCAGGCCCUUCUUACGCCAGCAACUCUCCUCUGAUUGGCAGGAUUAGCUUUGUCAGGGAGAGGCCGUCUCCCUGCAACGGCAGGAAAAUCAGAGUGUUGCGACAAAAAUCGGACCAUGGCGCCUACAGCCAGAGCCCAGCUAUCAAAAAGCAGCUGGACAGACACCUUCCUUCCCCACCCACGCUGGACAGUAUAAUCACAGAGUACCUUAGGGAGCAGCACGCCCGCUGCAAGAACCCUGUUGCCACCUGUCCCCCUUUCUCUCUCUUUACUCCCCACCAGUGUCCUGAGCCAAAACAGAGGCGCCAGGCGCCCACUAACUUUACCUCACGGCUGACCCGCAGGGCGGCCUUCCCGAAGUACGGAGGGGUGGAUGGUGGCUGCUUUGAUAGACACCUUAUAUUUAGCAGGUUCCGUCCAAUUUCUGUGUUCAGGGAAGCAAAUGAGGAUGAGAGUGGCUUUACCUGUUGUGCAUUUUCUGCAAGAGAACGAUUCCUAAUGCUGGGUACUUGCACGGGGCAGCUGAAGCUCUAUAACGUGUUCAGUGGCCAGGAGGAGGCCAGUUACAACUGCCAUAACUCUGCCAUCACGCACCUUGAGCCAUCCAGGGAUGGAUCUUUAUUGCUGACAUCUGCUACAUGGAGCCAGCCUCUGUCUGCAUUGUGGGGAAUGAAGUCUGUCUUUGAUAUGAAGCAUUCCUUCCCUGAUGACCACUAUGUGGAGUUCAGCAAGCACUCUCAGGACAGGGUCAUUGGCACAAAGGGAGACAUUGCACAUAUCUAUGAUAUUCAGACUGGCAACAAGCUAUUGACUCUGUUUAACCCAGAUCUUGCCAACAACUACAAGAAGAACUGUGCCACCUUUAACCCCACUGAUGACCUUGUCCUAAAUGAUGGUGUCCUCUGGGAUGUCAGAUCAGCACAAGCCAUCCACAAGUUUGACAAAUUCAACAUGACUAUCAGUGGUGUUUUCCAUCCCAAUGGGCUGGAGGUCAUUGUCAACACUGAAAUUUGGGAUCUCCGAACUUUCCAUUUGUUACACACAGUACCUGCACUGGAUCAGUGCCGUGUGGUCUUCAACUAUACUGGCACAGUGAUGUAUGGAGCUAUGUUGCAGGCGGAUGAUGAGGAUGACCUUCUGGAGGAGAGAAUGAGAAGUCCCUUUGGCUCUUCUUUCAGGACAUUUAAUGCAACUGAUUAUAAACCUAUAGCUACCAUAGAUGUAAAGCGGAAUAUCUUUGACUUGUGCACAGACAGCAAGGACUGCUAUCUGGCUGUCAUUGAGAACCAGGGCAGCAUGGAUGCCAUGAACAUGGACACUGUGUGCAGGCUCUAUGAAGUGGGCCGGCAGCGGCUGGCAGAAGAUGAGGAGGAUGAAGAAGAAGAUCAGGAGGAAGAGGAGCAAGAAGAAGAAGAUGAUGAUGAAGAUGAUGAUGACACAGAUGACCUUGAUGAACUAGAUACAGACCAGCUGCUGGAGGCUGAGCUGGAGGAGGAUGAGAACAAUGAGAAUGCUGGUGAGGAUGGAGAAAAUGACUUUUCUCCCUCCGAUGAUGAGGAGAUUGCCAACCUCCUGGAAGAGGGAGAUGAGGGAGAAGAUGAAGAUUCUGAUGCUGAUGAGGAAGUUGAGCUGAUUCUUGGAGAUAUGACAGGCCAUCAUCACCCUGUUCACCUGGAGCUUCUCUUAGUAAUCUGCUGGUAAAAACAGCUCUUAUGUGAGAGACCAACUGUGCAUUCUGGAAAAGGAGGUAUCUGCUUUCUUCAGAUGCUUCCAGGUGUGUGUGUAUGUGUGAGAACUCUGUGUGAAGAAGCUUUGUAUGACUAUUUGCCUGUCCUCCCUUCAAGGGGAAACAGGUUUAACUCUUACCUCACCUGUCCUCUCUGCCUCUUGUGAGCCUAUAAGGACAGAGAAGCACUUUUGAUCCUUGGUGCUGUUCUUUCUCUUUUGUAAUUGCUUAAAGUGCAAAGCCAACAUGACAUUUCUGACUUCAUUUCCUUUAUUACACUGUUCUGAAGCUAACAUAACUUUUGGGAUACAAUUUAAAUUGUUCUCUUUUUUGGGUGUUCUGCAAAUACAGUGAUUUGAAAAUAUCAAGUGUGUGUGUAUGUGUGCAUAGAAAGGUCUGAACUUUUUAUGUACCAAUAACGUUUGGAGAAAUGCUUCACAAGAAAGAAGGUGAGUAGGAUAGCAUGAGGCUUGAGAUCUGUGACAUUACAUUCUGUUCCCUCUUUUGCAGCACAAUUUUUGAGUAUGUGCAGCCAAACCACUUAGUUAGUUUUAAUUUUCAAGCUGUAAAAAUGGACAUAAUGGACAUAAUAUAGUUACCUUAAGUUAAAAGGUUGGUAAGGAUGAGUAAUUACAAUGUGCAAGGUGUUUGAAGUCCUGCAGUGAUAGAUUGACUCCCAUCUCAGCUCUUACAUCAAUCUUCCCUGGCAGUGAGCUGGAGGAUGAAGCAUGCCAGGCCCCUCUGGGGCAGUGAUGUGGCUGGCAGGCUCAUCCAUGCCUUCUGUGGCAAUGUAGCUCAGUCAUUUUUAAGGACAUGGCCACAUGAGGUUGCCAGAGUUAUUCUGUGGGGUCACUCUGCUGUUCUCUAGAAGGAAAUAGGUUUAUACUGUAGGGCCAUAUAAGAUAUUUGCACAGCUCAGUCAUUAAUGGCAUCUUGCAGUGCAACAUUUUGGGGUUACAGGGAACCUCUGUGUCCUAGUAGUGGACAGGAUCUUUGUGACACAACUCCACUUGUUUUUCCUCAGGGAAUGCAGAGCCAAAAGCUCUUCAGUGAGCACCUGGGGUGCUGUACCUUGAAUUGUCCAAUGGGCAGCAUGGCCAGGAUGUUCAGGCCAUUUCAAUAACUCUUCCUGGAACAAACCAGGGGCUACUUGACAGAAAUUUCAGGCAUGCUCUGCAGAGCACUGUUAUGAAGUGGCCACAUCUGUACCUCAUUUAUAGAUAGAGCUACUUGAGCAGACCUUGGAUCUGUGGAGCAGCAGCCAGCCCAUCCUGUGGCUGUUAGGUUGCUUAGCAGCAAUUUCAGGAACUCAGAGCAGGAAGUGCAGCUCUGCCAGGCUCAAGUGUGCAUGGCCCUUGAUGGGUUUGAUGAGUGGGGUUCUGUGGCAGCUUUUCAGUGACUUCAUCUGAUUUCUUUUCCCACCCAGCAAAGAGCAAUUAAAAUUUUCCUUUGCUUAUGCUUGUUCCAGAAUUAAAAGUUGGAAUGGCACUGCCAGUAUAGAGAGUACUGGCAUGGGGUGCAUUUAGAGUGUUCCCUGCUGCAGAUUCUUGCUGUAUUGUGGGUGAACCUCCAUAACAUACAGUGAGUGUUGCCAAAGCAAAAUAAUGCAGAGAACAAUUGAAAUAGGGAAGUGAGUGGCAUUGGUCUCUUGUGCUUUAGAAGAGGUUCUAAUUCCUUUUUUAAAAUAAUCCAUGGAGAACCUGAAUUUCUCUUCCUCCCCCUUUGUUACCACCUUGGGGACGUUAGAUCUGUUUGUCAAAGCAGUUCAUGCAUUGUGCAGGUCUUUAAAGAGCUUCUUCCUGGGCCAGGUGGGUGUAAUUUCUGAAAUGCAUAUGUGACAUAGGAUGGAAGAAAUAUAUAGAAUUCUCACCAGCAGCCUGACUGACUCUUGAUUCUGAUUCCUCUCUUCUUCCAUAAUCCAAAAUGGCAACUUCCAGGCAGGUCUGUGCAAACUAAUUAUGCCAAGCAGUUAACUGCAGUCAGGCUUACUUACAGAGCUCAGAACUGGAAGGUUGUGUGGUGAACUGGGGAAUAGUGAGGAGAUCCUUUCUCAAAGCUUUCCUCUGAGUUAAAAAAAAACCCCAAACCAGCAAACUCCCCCCCCGCCAAACUCCAACUUUCUCAGCUUUUCUUCUCCAGAGUUUCUGGAUUUUUAUCUUGCUUGUGCUUCUUUCCCUCUUACUGUGUAAGUGUAGCUGCUGCAGCACUGGCUGGUGUUUUCUAACUCCCCAAUGUAGCUGUGGCGUUUCUGGGAGCACUGAUGGCCCCUCAGCUUAGGCUCAGUCUGAUGGAUGGUGACAUGGAGCAUCCCUUGCUGAUCACAGUGGAAAGGCAGCUGGCUGAUCUUUAGGGAGGAGGGUUGGGGGAAAGGGUUUGUGCCCUCUCUGCUUGCCUGUGAUUUUUUUUCCCUAAGGAUAGCAUCUGAGGAGGGGUGAACCCCUUCCAGAAGGUUUUUCUAUCUUAACAGGCAUUUAGAGAUCCACUAUUUCUGAGAUGGCUAAGUGGAAGUCUUGGUGUCUUUUUUUUUUUCUUUUCUUU